AUGAAAAGGUCUCUUCUAUCCCAUUUCUCACCUUUAAGAAUCGGACCCAUCAGAUAUCCGCCGAUCCGCUAUCAACUUUAUCUUCCAACAUGGUCUACUAGGAGUAGUACUAUCUCCUAUUCGACCAAGAUAUCUACAUAUUCCAUCUCAUCGAUAAACAUUCCCUUCCAAGGUCGUCAAAACGGAUCUUCUUCCUUUCUCGCUCAACGAACAAUACCGUUAUCAGCCAGACAUUCCAUAAGUCAAGGGAAAAGAUCAUUUCAUCCUUCUCAUAGAAAUCAAGACGUUUUCUUCAUCGCUUUUCCAGCUCUGAAAAGUGGUCUGUUGAGUUUAACAAGGUUUUCUUUACUGUUCUUACCUUUUAUCUUUCGAUACAAAUUAUGGAAACGUUACAGACGGACUUCGUACCUUCUUAUCCAGAUACCCGUAUUCGCCGUGUGUAUCGUCCUAGCUUUAGGUCUUGAUCAAUCUCCUCGGACUGGACGAUGGAGAUUGUUGCUUUUAUCAGAGGGAGAAGAGAUGGCUUGGUCUAGGCGGAAACACACAGAAGUCCUCAAUUCCGACGGUCGAUUUCUCCUUUCCCCCGCUGACCCUCAAUCCAAACGCGUAUCUCGAAUCACAUCCCGUUUAGUCACAGCACUAGAAGAACAAGAUCAUCAUGUCGUUUGCGGUGCCACCUGGCCUCCAAGAUCACAAGAGUUGGCUAGAGUGAUCAAUGAACGAGAUCAAGAAAAGAAGUACGAACCUAGUGGUACGGCACAUAGUAGUUUUAUGCCUUGGAGACCGGAUACUAGUAAUCCUUUGAAACGGUUAGAAAGUGCCGAUUGGAAUGUUUAUUUGGUGGAUCUGCCUCAAAUACAGGCUUUCGCUUUACCCAGUAAAGAUAUCUUCGUUUACACAGGUUUACUCAAUACGUUACCAGAAGACGACUCUAUGUUAGCUGCUGUUUUAGCUCAUGAAAUCGCUCAUGUGGCCGAAAGACACAGUGUUGAGAAUUUAGGGUUCCUUCAAGCUGCAGCAGUAGCAUUUGACGUCUUACGUGGUAUCUCUUUCGCCCUGACAAUCUCUUUUCCCAUUAUAACAGAUACGGCUGGGGUAUUCAUCAAUUGGUUGAAUGAUGUAGUUGCCACUAGAGCGUAUUCUAGAAAGUUGGAAGAAGAAGCUGAUUCUGUUGGAUUACAUCUCAUGGCUAGAGCAGGGUACGAUCCUCGUGGUGCAUUAGAUCUUUGGGAAUUAUUCCAAUGUGUCGAACGUGAUGCUCAAGCUGGUAAACCGUUAUCAGGGAUAGAAAAUCGUUUCGUAUUACUUCGUACUCAUCCCACCAGUGAAGAAAGAUGGAAAGCUUUGGAUAAAGAGAUGUCAGAGGCUGUGAAGAUGUGGGAAGAAAGAAGAAGGAAUAAAAUUGGAUCUUCUAAAUCUAUCGUUGAAACAGAUAAGGUGAUUGUAGAAUCUUAG